GAUUUAAAAUAAAUAGUAUUAUUUGAUUAUUAUGAUAUCUGUAUGUGGAGGUACCGACCGCCGCCGAUAAAGAUUAGUCACCGUUCAAUCGUCGAACAUACAGUCCACACUAAUUUAUUGUCCAUGCACGCGUGGGCUCUCGUUUAUAGUAAAAUAAACCAAAGGUAUUUUUAAUGUGAGUUAUUUCAUUAAUUUCACAACCAACAUUUGGUCCAUCGACCCGGAUGUAUCGCGAAUCGGUGUACUCAAAGUUCGUAAAAUAUUCAUAAAAAAAAAAAAACAGUGCGCAAGGUUUAGUUUUAUUUUUCGCCAAGUAAAUAUUCAAUUGUUUUAUUUUUAUUUUUUUAUUCGGUCUCGUUAUAUUGCCGCAUAUGUUAACAAGUACACAUGUGUAUUGCAAUUGUGAUCUACAACAUCAUUGGAUUUGGAUUCGCUAAAUCAGGUCAGAGCUUCCUAAUUUCUAUUUCCUUUAUAAUAAUCGGUGUUGGGAUUUGCGCGCUACAGUACAAGCACGGUAAAAUAGUACAUAAAGUAUUGGUGGUUAAUCGUACUUAUUUAAUAUAGUCGUUGUCAGCUGGGCUUUCCAUACUAGAAUACUCGUAUAAUCGCAUCUAACAUAAAUGGCUGAAAUAAUAGCUCUCACCAUUCGUCGAGGACAACUCAAAGGUCAAUUGACUAGGUUCGGUUCUUAUAUCAAAGAUAAUAAAGAUAACAUUGAUAUAGAACAACUCACACAUCGCAGAGAAAAAAUGAGCGUAAUUUGGGACGAUUUCGAACAAGUUCAAACGCAAAUCGAAGAAGAGAAAGGGAUUAACGAUGAGAGCGAAAACUAUAGAGCAGAAUUUGAAGAGUUAUAUUUCAAAAAUAUGGCAGAAUGUGACAAACUUAUGAAAAGCGUAACGACAAAUUCUAAUAAUUCCGAUCGUACUGAUGACCCGUCUGGUAUAGGAAAUAGUUCUCGCUCGGUCACACCUUCCGACAACGGUCAUCACGCUCCCACUCCAAUUAAACUAGCCGCCCUAGAAAUUCCUAAAUUUUCUGGAAAUUAUACUGAAUGGUCAUCUUAUUAUGAUAUAUAUAUGGCAAUCGUGCAUAAUAACAACUCAUUAAGUGACAUUCAAAGAUUCUUUUAUCUACGUUCGUCACUUAGUGGCGAUGCCGAACGUAGCAUACAAUGCCUACAAACAACGUCUGAUAAUUACCAAAAGGCCUGGGCUAGUUUAAUCGAACGAUAUAACAAUAAAAGAAUUUUGGUACAGGUACACACCAAGGCCUUAUUUGACAUAACACCGAUAAAUGAGGAAUCUUCGCACCAAUUACGUAAAUUGAACGACGUGUUAUCAGGUCACAUAAAAGCGCUCGAAACACUCGGUCAAAGUCCAAAGCAAUGGGGCUCAUUGCUCGUACACUUGAUCACGACUAAAUUAGAUACUGCAACAUUACGUCAUUGGGAAAGCGAAGCACAUAAACUAGAUAGCGUAACCGCCGAACAAUUACUUGAAUAUUUACAAUCUCGAUUCCGGAUAUUAGAAGCAGUCGAGUCAGCCGGUAAAUUUGUUCAUACCUUAAAGGCAAUUAAAGAACAAUCGAAACAUAAAAAAAAUACACAAAGGUCUACGUCAUUUGCCACCUCGGGAGAAAUUAAGUGCUACAACUGUAAACAGUCGCACACGAUUUAUAAAUGUCCGUCGUUUUUGAAAUUAUCGAUUAUUGAACGGAUAAAAAGGAUUACAGAGCUUAAUUUAUGUAAAACUUGUUUACGUUCACACGACGGUGAAAAAUGUAAUGCUCGCCCGUGUCCGAAAUGUUUACGUGCACAUAACGGAUUAUUACAUAUCGUACCGCGUAACGCAUCGGCCGAUAAAACGAACAACGAGAUGUCGUCGACAUCGGAAGGCGUAGUCAAUAAACGCGAGAUUAAUAGAGAUAGUGCUAAUACCGCGGAGACAACGAGUGUAGUCGCGCAUACUACGCGUCAAGACGUAAACAAUCAAAUAUUAUUGUCGACCGCUGUUGUACUGGCCUACAGCAAUUCGAACGAAUUAGUACCAUGUCGCGUUUUACUGGAUUCUGGAUCACAGAAUAAUUUCAUUACGGAAUCAAUGUCUAAACGUUUACAGCUAAAAAGAAGAAAAAUAUCGUAUUCAAUUAUCGGUAUAAAUCAAUCGAAUCACAGUGCAUCGCAUCAGAUAUCUACAAAAAUUAAAUCCCGACUACGCAAUUACGAAACGUAUUUAGAUUUCGUCGUAAUGCCUAAAUUAACGAGCUACCUGCCGUCAACGUCGAUAAGCGCGUCGGAUAUAAAUAUACCUAAGGGCAUCGACCUCGCCGACCCGUCCUUCAAUACGUCUAAUAAAAUCGACAUGAUUAUAGGCUCGGAAAUAUUUUUCGAAUUAAUUUGCGCCGAUCAAAUUAAACUUACAUAUAACGGCCCUACGUUUCAAAACACCCUUUUCGGUUGGGUUGUUGCUGGUCCGAUAUCUAGUUCUAAAGAACGCGCACAAGCCAACGACGACGUUAUAGCGUUAUACUGUAGUACGAGUCCGUCAUUAACGAGUCUUGAAGAACAAAUAGCGAAAUUUUGGCGUUUAGAAGAAAUACAAUGUAAGACUUAUUCUUUAGAUGAAAAAACAUGCAAAAACCAUUUUGAUGAAAACGUGAAACGUGCUAACGACGGUCGAUUCAUCGUAUCGUUACCGUUUCGUGAAGCGCCAAUACUAGGAAAAUCGUACGAAAUCGCAUUACGACGUUUUUUAUCGUUGGAGAGACGUUUUCAAACUCAACCUAAACUCAAGGAAGACUAUAAAAAAUUUAUGGAUGAAUAUAUAGCACUCGGACAUAUGGAAGUUGUUACAGCCGAAGAACGAAGUGUCUAUAUGAAAAAAAAUUAUUUACCACAUCAUGCGGUCACGAAGGAAAGUAGUAGUACGACAAAGCUAAGAGUGGUAUUCGAUGCGUCUUGCAAAACUGACACAGGUGUAAGCUUAAAUGACACCUUAUACAAAGGUCCUAGUAUUCAGGAAGAACUCGUAUGUAUUAUGGCCCGGUUUCGUACGCAUAAAUACGUAAUUUCAGCGGACAUCGUUAAAAUGUAUAGGCAGAUCUGGAUCGCACAGCAUCAUCAAGAUUACCAAAGGAUUUUAUGGCGUUCCAGUCCCGACUUACCUAUUCAAAUUUGUCGCUUAAAAACCAUUACAUACGGAGUGUUGACAGCGUCCUUUUUAGCCACCGGCUGUCUCCAAAAAUUAGCUGAAGAAGAACAUAAAAACUACGCUAACGCAUGCAGAGCAAUCCGUCAAGAUUUUUAUAUGGACGAUCUAUUAACCGGUGCGGACACGAUAGAAAACACGUUAAAAUUACGAAACGACAUUAUUACGGUACUGAAAACAGCUGGAUUAGAAUUACGUAAAUGGUCCAGUAACGUGACGGAACUGUUACGCGACGUAUCUAAAAUAGACAUAGUCCACGGAAACAGCAAUUGUAACAGUAAUAAUUACGAAGGAAAGGUUACGAAGCUAUUAGGUCUAUUUUGGAACCAAGAAAACGACUCUUACCAAUAUAUGGUAGAAUCAUACAAUAGCACUUCUCGAAUUACAAAACGUAAUGUCUUAUCAGAAAUAGCCUCGGUUUUCGACCCUCUAGGCCUGAUAAGUCCAAUUGUCGUACGUUUAAAAUUAAUUAUACAAAAAUUAUGGCAAUUGAAUAUAAAUUGGGACGAGGUACUACCGUCAGAAAUUUGUUGCGAAUGGCGGAAAAAUCGAAUCGAUUUAGAACAAAUAAAUUCAUUAACAAUUAAUCGUUUUAUAAUUAAUUCUGGAAAGGUGUGUAAUGUACAAAUACACGGUUUCGCGGAUGCCUCUAUAAGCGCGUACGGCGCGUGUUUAUAUUUACGUACGACUAACGAUAACGGAAAUAUAAAAACCAGUUUAAUAUGCGCGAAAUCACGAGUGGCGCCGUUAAAGGUCGUAACACUGCCGCGUUUAGAAUUGUUAGCCGCUUUAUUAUUAGCACGUUUAUCGGCAAAAUAUAUUCCAUGUCUACAAUUACGCAUAGACGAAACUUAUUAUUGGACCGACUCCACAAUUGUACUUGCUUGGAUUUCAUCACCGUCGUCGAGAUGGAAAACUUUCGUAGGUCAUCGAGUGAGUGAAAUACAAGAGCUAUCAUCCAUAUCACAAUGGAAACACGUAAAUACGAAUGAAAAUCCCGCAGAUAUUGUUUCUCGUGGAUGUUCAUCAUUACAAAUAAUCGACUCAAGAUUAUGGUGGAACGGCCCAGAAUGGUUACAAGCCGAAAAAUCAGAUUGGCCGAAAACAAAUUGCAGUCUGGGUGAGGAUAAUAUAUUAGAAGAAAAACCCGUAACUAAAAUAAUUAUGUCGACCACACGUGAUACUUCAUUUUUGAACAAAUAUUCUACACUGUCCAAGCUAGUAAGAGUUAUCGCCUAUUGUUUGCGAUUCAAAAAUAAUGCAAAGCCGAACUCUAAGAAGGUUAGUGGAAGUCUUCUUUUCGACGAACUUGAAUAUGCUACUACUGCCAUAGUUAAAUUGGUACAAUCGAACGCAUGGUAUAAUGAAUUAAAAUGUUUAGCGAAGUCGUUACCAAUAAAAAAUAAUAGUCCAUUAAUACGUCUUAAACCGUUUUUAGAUGAAAAUCACGUCAUUCGCGUGGGUGGUAGGCUAAAAAAUUCAAGUACACUAGACAUUUUUCAAAGGCACCCCGUAGUACUACCAGCUAACAGUCCGUUUACGCGUUUAAUAUUUUCCAACGAACACGACAAGUCUAUGCACGGCGGACCGCAAUCGAUAUUAGCGCGUAUACGUCUUAGGUAUUGGCCUUUAAACGGUCGUAAUAUUGCCAGAGCGGUUGUUCAACGAUGUGUAAAAUGUUUCAAGUACAAGCCAAUAGUCGUUCAACCGAUCAUGGGCGACCUACCUAAAGAUCGUGUGGAACCUGCUAGAGCCUUUGCAAAAUGCGGUGUAGACUUUGCUGGACCUGUAUACGUGAAAUCGAGCUUACGUCGCAAGGCGGCAACUAAUAAGGCAUAUAUUUGCGUGUGGGUGUGCUUUGUAACUAAAGCUAUUCAUAUCGAAUUAGUAGGUGACCUAACUACGGAAGCCUUUUUAAACGCGCUUAACCGAUUUUUUGAUCGACGUGGUGUCUGUAGCGACAUAUACUCCGAUAAUGCGACAAAUUUUGUCGGCGCUAAUCGACACUUACAAGAGUUAAAACAGCUAUUUUUAUCUGUUGAUCAUCAAAAUAAAAUGCAAAUUGCACUUAACAAGAUCGGAGUAAACUGGCAUUUUAUUCCGCCCCGAUCGCCCCACUUUGGCGGACUUUGGGAAGCCUCAGUUAAGUCCGUUAAAUCACACUUAUAUAAGACAUUAGGCAACGCAGCUCUAACAUAUGAAGAGCUAUAUACUGUGCUUGUACGUGUAGAGGCUAUCUUAAAUUCCCGCCCUCUCACUCCGAUAUCCACCGAUCCUACAGAUCUCACGGUUCUCACACCUAGUCAUUUUUUGAUUGGUGAUAAUUUAUCCGCGUUACCCGAACGUGAUGUAUCUACCACGCCCCCGAACAGAUUGACAAGGUGGAAAAGGGUAACUCAGCUCACACAGCAACUUUGGCGUCGUUGGAAGCACGAGUACCUAAAUCAACUACAAGUACGGGACAAAUGGUGUCAUUCGAAGGGUCCUUCUCUCUCUACUAAUACUAUUGUUCUGCUCCGUGAUGACAAACACCCUCCACUACAUUGGAAGAUUGGUCGAGUCAUAGAAACCCACAAGGAUUCAGAUGGAGUCAUACGAGUAGCCACCGUACGUACUAACGAAGGUGUUUUCAAACGUGCGGUAAGGAUACUGUGUCCUUUACCUUUCGAGGGGAAUGUUAAGUUGACGUGACCUGUUCCACAAUUGUAAUAUUUACCAUUUAUAUUUAUAUACUUAUUCAGUUUCAGAUUUAUAUAUUGUUCAAUCUUUA